AACAAUUUCUAGGCCAGUGUGUUCCCGGUUUCUUCGCAAAUAUCCGAGUCUCCUAACUUAGCGCAUGCUCAUUAAGGAAAAUAGUGCGGACGUCGGAAAUGUGAAAUAAAAUUAAAGAGAACCCAGCCAUUUAUUUCGAUUGAAGGCCAUCGACCGGAGAUGUGAACCCAGUGUUGUGUUCCCCGCGGGUGAUUGGCAGCGCCGAGCAGGACGUGCGCUGGGCGCCGAGUGCCGGGGCGAGCCGCCGGCCGGCCGGCGCUUCAUUCCGGGGGCAGGCGGCGGCCAUGAAGCUGAAGGAGCUGGAAAGUUCGCUCCAGCGGGUCGAGGGGUUUGAGCGGCCAAAGCUGCUGCUGGAGCAGUAUCCAACCAGCCCGCACAUCGCAGCACGUAUGUUGUAUACAAUACACACAACAUUCGAUGACAUUGAGAAUAAACUGGUUGCUGAUCUUGGCUGUGGAUGUGGAGUUCUAAGUAUUGGAGCAGCUAUGCUAAAUGCAGGAUUAUGUCUGGGAGUUGAUAUCGAUGAAGAUGCUCUUAACAUAUUUUACAGAAAUGCAGAAGAAUUUGAAUUGGCCAAUGUCGAUAUGGUGCAGUAUGACAUCUGUUCUAAAUCAACUGACAAAUUAUCCAAAAAAUUUGAUACUAUAAUAAUGAAUCCACCCUUUGGAACAAAGCACAAUAAAGGUAUGGACAUGAUAUUCCUCAAAUCUGCUUUAGAUAUGGCAAGAACAGCUGUAUAUUCCCUUCACAAAACUGCAACCAGAGAUCAUAUUAAGAAGAAGGCUGAUGAAUGGAAAAUAAAGAUGGAAGUAAUUGCUGAGCUUAGGUAUGAUUUGCCAGCAUCAUAUAAAUUCCACAAGAGGAAAUCAAUUGACAUUGAAGUGGACUUCAUCCGGUUCUCAGCUAAAUAAAUCCUAUCCUGACAUUCAACAGAUGCAAUUUUGAGGCUGUCAGAAUUAAACACAGUGAAAACUCCUUGGAUGGGGCACGUGGUCAAUUUGUUCUUUUUAUAGGUCACAAAACAAUCUCAGUGAUCACUAGAUUUAUUUUCAGUUUUUGGUUGUUUUGCUGCAUGCUCAUCCGUAGAUUCAGUUUCAAGGGUUCGCUUCUUUGGACUUGUAGCAGCUAAAUUAGGUAAAGCAGUUUGAUUAGUUUAAAACACAUUUGUAGUAGAGAUCAAGUAUUUAAAAUUGGGCAGAUAACUCACAUUUUACUCCAGGUAAAAAAAAUAUCCUGAGCUGAGAAAACACCAGGGUCCUAUUCUUACAAUUAACUUUCAGCCACCCAAUGAUCUCUAGAUUUAGUCAGUGCUGUCCCAUAAGAAACUGGGUUUACUCAUUUCUCUAUAUACAGAAGCAUAUGUAUCAAGUGGAACCCACAAGAAAUAAUUAAAUACUCGUCCUGCAAGGUGAUACUAAAUAACAAAAAUAUUCUGAUUGAAGCAGAUGCUUUUUGUCACUGGGUUACAAAGAUUUGGAUUGAAGGGAAGCUGAACAUUUAAUAGACGACAGUCCUGCUCAACAUGUCACAUGCAACAUAGUUCUUCAGUUGGCAGGUUAACAAUUCAACUGUAGUGAGAGGUGGAUAUAUUGAAACACGAAUAUUUGAGAUAUUUAUCUCCUGAGGUUACUAUGCAAUCCUUACUCUGAUAAUGAUAUGAUAGAAUUUGUAACUGCAUCAGUUUACUCUCAAAAGUUUAGGCAUGUGUAUUUACCACACAAAUUGUUCCAAUUGUUGGUUUAACUGACAUUUGAAAUGUAAGUUUGCCAACUUACCAGUCUCUUCAGUUUCCUGUGUUCCCUCACUGUCUUCAUCCUUAAUGUUGUUUUUCUUGCCUUGGAACUGCACCCUUUGUGGUCCACAACCUCCUUUACUGCCUCUUCCUUUACCCCAACCUCUUCGAGCUAUAAGUAAAUAGCAUGAGUUUUUUUUUAAUGUUACAAAAUAAAGUGGGUGAUAACCUCA